GGGGCUCGUGCCUAAACUCACCCCCGCGCGCUCAUGUCUUGACCUACUUUUCAAAAAUGACUUAAAAAUGUGCAAUCAGACACUUUAGUAACAUCUGAACCCGCUCUGCUCUAAUCUAUAAGUAAUAACACGUAUAUUUAAAGCAUCACUGCCCCAACAGGCCGCCCACACUUGUGACAAAUGAGAAAAAGUCUUGAGAAAAAUCGAGGCUGCGUUUUAGUCGUGAGAAAAAAAAAAAUCUAAGAUGGCGGCUCGUAAUGAAACAUAGACUGGCCUGAGAGGGGUGGCGGUCCCGGUCGAAAAAUGUUUAACAACGACAUAUUAGACACAGUUUGAAGCUUGUAUCUGCUUUAAAACCAUCGGAACCACCCAUGCUCCGCUCGUCGCCUCUUUGGUAGAACGGGAUUCAUGGGAAUAUCAAGUUGAAACGCGGUCAACUCGCUAGCAACGGCGGCUAGCGUUAGCAUCUGCUCCGACACAGCUGUGCGACGCGAGCUAACCCCGCAGACAUCAACACAGACAAGAAAGACACGCAGCCAGCAGCCCUUUACUGCCCCAGGACAACCAAAAGUCUGUGGGCAAUGGAAGUGGAAGAGUUUGUCCCUCCCCCAGAGUGUCCUGUCUUUGAGCCGUCAUGGGAGGAGUUCCAGGAUCCUCUGGGCUACAUCGCAAAGAUUCGUCCCAUUGCAGAGAAAUCUGGAAUCUGCAAAAUACGACCUCCUCCCGACUGGCAACCACCUUUUUCUGUGGAACUGGACACGUUUCGUUUCACACCUCGUAUCCAGAGGCUGAAUGAGUUGGAGGCAGAAACACGAGUCAAACUGAAUUAUCUGGACCGCAUUGCGAGAUACUGGGAGAUUCAGGGAUCCUCACUGAAAAUCCCACAUAUCGAACGGCGCAUUGUUGACCUGUUUAGUUUGUCAAAGAUUGUUACAGAUGAAGGAGGGUUUGAGAUGGUGUGUAAAGAACGCCGCUGGGCUCGCGUUGCCCAGAGGCUCGGUUAUCCCACAGGCAAAAAUGUGGGUUCUCUUCUGCGCUCGCAUUAUGAGAGGAUUGUGUAUCCUUUUGAAAUGUUCCAGUCCGGAUCCAGCCUGAUGCAUUGCAAACCCAGGCACUACGACGGAGAGGAAGUGGAUAAAGAGUACAAGCCUCACUCCAUCCCAUUCCGUCAGUCUGUCCCUCCGUCCAAAAUGAGCAGCUACGGUCGACGUGCCAACCGCUGCCAACCAGACGGUCCAGAGGAUGUGGCCCCUCAUCCUCUCAGCACAGGCUCUGAGCUCCACUCUGCGCCUGAGCCGACAGAGGAGGACAUUGAGAAAAACCCAGAGCUUAAAAAACUGCAGAUCUACGGAGCUGGGCCUAAAAUGAUGGGACUUGGACUUAUGGCCAGAGACAAAGGCAUCAAGAAGAAAGAAGAGCUGCCUCAGACUAUUACCAUUAAGGAAGGCGUGUCCCCGUCUCUGGUCAGCGCUCCGGUCAGCGCUGCGGUCAAGACUGAGCUCGACGUGUCUCCAGAAAAGAAAACAGAGGAGAGCGCCCCCAUCCCCUCCCCUCCUCCCUCCAGCGUCACAGUCAAACCCGACGUAAAGAAAGAGGAGGUGGAGGACGAGAAUGAGCCAGAGCCCGACGACAGCGUCAAAAUGACCAUGAGGCUCCGGCAGAACAUCAACACGACCUCGGUGGACUCGUUCGUGUGCCGUAUGUGCGGUCGAGGAGACGACGAUGAGAAGCUCGUGCUGUGUGAUGGAUGUGAAGACAACUACCACACCUUCUGUCUCCUGCCCCCGCUCACUGACCUCCCGAAGGGCAGGUGGCGCUGUCCCAAAUGUGUGGCAGAGGAGUGUAAAAAACCCACAGAAGCAUUUGGGUUUGAACAGGCCACGCGAGAAUACACUCUACAAAGUUUUGGUGAAAUGGCGGACGCGUUCAAAGCCGAUUACUUCAACAUGCCGGUCCAUAUGGUUCCCACAGAGCUGGUGGAGAGGGAGUUCUGGAGGUUGGUGAGCAGCAUCGAGGAGGACGUGACGGUGGAGUACGGAGCCGACAUUCACUCCAAAGAGUUCGGAAGCGGAUUCCCGAUGAACAACGGGAAAAGGACGCUCACAGAAGAAGAGGAGAACUACGCCCGCUCCGGCUGGAACCUAAAUGUGAUGCCGCUGCUGGAGCAGUCGCUGCUGUGCCACAUCAAUGGAGACAUCUCUGGGAUGAAGGUGCCCUGGCUCUACGUGGGGAUGGUCUUCUCUGCUUUCUGUUGGCACAUCGAGGACCACUGGAGUUACUCCAUCAACUACCUGCACUGGGGUGAGCCUAAAACGUGGUACGGCGUCCCGUCGGUGGCAGCAGAGAGACUGGAGGAGGUGAUGAAAAAACUGACUCCGGAGCUGUUUGAGUUUCAGCCUGAUCUGCUCCAUCAGCUCGUCACCAUCAUGAACCCCAACAUCCUCAUGGCCCACGGGGUCCCGGUGGUGCGCACUAACCAGUGUGCAGGAGAGUUUGUCAUCACUUUUCCCAGAGCCUACCACAGCGGCUUUAAUCAGGGUUAUAACUUUGCAGAAGCAGUCAACUUUUGCACUGCAGACUGGCUCCCGGCGGGUCGCUCCUGUAUUGAGCACUACAGACAUCUCAGGAGGUACUGCGUCUUCUCCCACGAGGAGCUCACCUGCAAAAUGGCAACGUGUCCAGAAAAACUAGACCUCAACAUGGCCGCCGCGACACACAGGGAGAUGUUCAUCCUCGUGCAAGAAGAGAGGAAACUAAGGAAGGCUCUGAUGGAAAGGGGCAUCACUGAGGCGGAGAGGGAGGCGUUUGAGCUCCUCCCUGACGAUGAGCGUCAGUGUGAUAAGUGUAAGACGACGUGCUUCCUGUCGGCCCUCGCCUGCUCCAACUGCCCCGAGAGGCUGGUGUGUCUGUACCACACUCAGGACCUGUGCAGCUGCCCCACGGACAAACUCUACCUCAGAUACAGAUAUACGCUGGACGAGCUGUUGGCCAUGUUGCACCGAUUAAAGGUUCGCUCCGAGUCCUUUGAUUCUUGGGCCAGCAGAGUAAAAGACGCACUGGAACAAGAAGACGGCAGUAAGAUCGACACUGAAGCUCUUGAGAAACUGAAGGUAGAAGCCAGUGAGAAGAAGUUUCCCGACAAUGAACUGCUUCGAAAACUCAACAAUGUCCUGAACGACAUCGAGCGCUGCCAAAAAACAAGUGCACAGCUCCUGAGUCGGUCAAACACGAGUGAAACCAAAAUGACAGCGGCCGAGCUCACGUCACUGGUGGAAACCAUGCAGAAUCUGCCCUGUGCAGUGGACCAGCUGGAAGGAGUCAAGGCGGUUGUUCAAACAGUGGAGUCUUUCCAGCUGUUAGCUCAGACUUUUAUAAACAGUAAGGACUGGAGAAAAGAGUCUCCUCCAGAGGAGCAGCUCCAGACUCUGCUGGAGCAGGGAGACACUCUGCCUGUGACUGUCCCAGAGAGUGAGCUCCUGCGUGGGCUGAAGGAGCAGGGCCGCUGGCUGGCAGACGUCAGGUGCACUUUGGGCACAGAGAGCGGAGAGCGACAGGAGGUGACUCUGCCGGUGCUGAGGAGCCUGAUGGAGGCCGGCUGCAACGUGCCCCAGAGCGUCUCCGUGGAAACGGCCAUGGCCGAACUACAGGAGCUGCUCACCAUCGCCGAGCGCUGGGAGGAGAAGGCUCAGAUCUGUCUGGAGCAGAGACAAAAACACCCUCUCUCCACUCUGGAGGCGAUCGUCAGUGAAGCCCAACUCAUCCCCGUGAAGCUGCCCAACAUCCUGGCCCUUCAGGGCUGUCUGACCCGGGCGCGGGCCUGGGUCACAGACCUGGAGGAGAUUCAGAACGGGGAGCAUUAUCCGUGUCUCGAUGAUCUCGAGGGUCUUGUGGCGAUUGGAAGAGACCUGCCAGUGUUUAUGAACGAGCUCAGACAACUUGAACUACAAGUGACCAGCGCUCACUCGUGGAGGGACAAAGCCAGCAAGACUUUCCUGAAGAAAAGCAGCCAGCACAGUCUGCUCGAGGUUUUAUGUCCUUGUGCAAAGAGGCGAGAAAAGAGGGAGCAGACGGAGGCCAUGGAGGACCCUGUGGACGACAGUGACAACACUUUAGGCCUGUCCGCUCAGGACCUGAGGGACCCAGCUGCUAUAGUAAUGGCGUUUAAAGAAGGGGAGCACCAAGAGAAGGAAGCUCUUCUGCGGUUACAGAAAUUAAACUUGUGUAAAUCUGGUGUGUCAUGUUACAAGGAGGAAAAGGAGAACGGAGGCUGGGACAGUGCCAUAGAAACGGACUCUUCAAACCACUCGGAGACGUCGGUGGAGGAGAACAGGAGCGCUCUGAGUGUGUGUGUGUGCGCGGGCCGACCGCGGGCCCCUCAGUUACGCUGCCAUCUUUGUAAGGACUGGUUUCACGGAGGCUGCGUCACUUUCCCCUCUUUGCUCCCCUCCUCAACAGAACAGUUUAACGCCCUCUGCUGGUGGGACUGGGACACGCGUUUCCUCUGCCCGCAGUGUCAAAGGUCACGGCGGCCGCGGCUCGAGACCAUUCUGGCGUUACUGGUGGCUUUGCAGAAGUUGCCGGUGCGACUUCCAGAAGGCGAGGCUCUGCAGUGUCUCACGGAGCGCGCCAUCACCUGGCAGGGACGAGCAAAGGAGGCGCUAGAGAGCACAGAGAUACAGCAGGCUCUGGAGAAACUGCAGGAACUGAAAGAGACGGUACAGAGCGACGCCAAGAAGGACGCGGAGGGGGCGGAGCCAGAGGAGAGCUCAGUCAUCGUCCUGUCAGACUCUGAGGAACCGGAGGACAAUGGAGUCAUCGAUCUGACCGACGAGUCGCCAAAGAAGAAAGAGAUUAACGGUGUGAAGUCUUUUAAAAAUGGCCUGAACCCGAAGUCCAGUGAAGGAGUGAGGUCUCUGCUGCCCCUGCUCCCCGCCCUCAAAGGCCCCGUCGUGGAGCUCUCCCCGUCCACCAGGGGGCACCUGGAGGAGCUGCUCCUGGAGGGAGACCUGCUGGAGGUGUCUCUGGACCAGACACACAUCAUCCACAGGGUUUUACAGGCGGCGUCCAAACCCCCGACGGACACACUGCACACGCUCAUACAGGUGGAGCUGGAGGAGCAGAGGCGGAGCAGCCGCGGUCGGACCAAGGACAAAAGGAAACGUAAAGGUCAGAGGGGCUUGACCAGGGACGGGACGGACGCCUCGGAGUCAAAGAAAACCUGCCCCUCGCUCCCCCCAACAGUCUACACUCACCCAGAGAUUUUGUGAUGCUUUGGAGCUCUGUAUUUAUUGGGGCAACUCGUUAAAAGCCAGAAGACGGCGUCGGGUUUAGAGAAAGACACGGGACCUCCCUCCUCCUCCUCCUCCUCCUCCUCCUCCUCCUCCUCCUCCUCCUCCUCCUCCAUGCUCCCGACUCAUUUAAACCAGGCCAUUUUUCAACACUAAUGGAGCAAAGGGCCUCCUGUAUACACUCCAUAUCAGUACCACGCAUCCACCCUACACUUGUAUUACUACGCCCACUCUCCCUCCUCCUCCCUCCUUCCUCUGGACACGUGGGACUCUUGGACUGACCCCGGCCUCUUUUGUUACUGUGUGUUGAGUUGUUUCUAAGGUCAGUAUACCGUUAUCACGACUGUAUUAAAUGCUAGUGCAAACCUGGCUCACUCCGACUGUUGGCAGUAUGUAUGUUCUUGUAUCGGCCCACGCGGACGCCGCAGAAGCCGCUCGCGUGUGGGCGGGACUUUUGAGUUAAGGUUCAGCGAUUGUUUUUAGCUGAUCUUAGGAAAAAAAAAAAAAAGAAAAAAAAAACACGCUCGUCUUUAAGUUAUAUUGAAUCUUGAUUUAAAGUUGUUUUAUGGACAUUUGUUUAAACUGGGAUAAACUAUUUUGGAAAGUGUUGGAAACAGGCAUUCUUGUUUUUGGUGCUAUAUCCUCAGAGCGAUCCUUACCUCUUUUUCCCCAUCCCUCUUUUCCUCAUAUUUUAUUUUUUUAACUGUUUCUGUCUCGUUUUAUCGCUUUGUUCUACCUUUAUUUUCCGCUCUCUGGAAGACCAUAGCAACUUCACUGUAUUGUCCUUUCUGAGUUGAGAUAAUUAUAAAUAUUAUGGCUAUUACGGACACACAGCUGUUGUGACACGUGUAUAAAGUUUUUCAUUUUAAUGUUUCUUUCACACUAGAAAAUAAAGGUUUAGAAUUGUUUAGGAA